AUGAUGUCGGUAAUAUUUUACUAUUUCGGAAUUAUUAUAUUUAUCUUCAGCUAUGAUUUGAGUCAGUGUUUCAGAUUGCAACUAACUCCAGGAGUCCCGAUGGUCAGACAAUUUGAUACCAAUUAUGUGGAAGAUGUCAUAUUAAAAACGAGACGAAAUGGAAGGAGAAGCGAAUACGUAUUCAGUAUUGAAUUUACUUCUAAACACUUCUGGGCUAAUAAUAAUGUUUCGUUACACUUUAUUUUUUACGAGUACCUCCAUAAUGAGUACAGACCAUCGUUUGUGGAGAUGCAUUACAAAAUCUGCGACCUCAUAUUAAAAGACAUGCUUCUUGGACCAGUAGUGAGAAAGGCUGGCAUAACCGUCUGUCCAUUACCUCCGGGAAGAUAUCGCAUGAUGAAUAUGACAUUCAACCGAGAAUUCCCCUCUGUUUGGCCGUUCGAAAAAGGAAAAUGUGAAGAAAUUAUAAAAUUAGAACCUAGUGGAAAAGAUAUUGCUAGAGGCGACCUCGUACUCUCAUUUAAAAUGCUGAAAACAUGA